UGCAACCAUGACUACUCCUCUUCCAAUCUCCUUAUUCCCUUUUCUUCUUCUUAUUCCCGCUAUCUGUUUGUCCUUUUGUCAUGCCAAUUCCAACCUACUUUACAUUCAAAGUGAGAGAGAAGCUCUUUUGAAUUUCAAGAAUCAUCUUAUUGAUCCUUCAAACAGGUUAUCUUCAUGGGUUAAAGGAGGGGAUUGCUGUAAAUGGAUUGGUGUCGUCUGCCAUAACUCAAUAGGCCACGUCAACGAACUGCACUUGGCUCCUCUUUCAGAGCCUGAUGGCUUUGCACCAUAUGCUGAAUGGGAAGCUUACUACAAUUCCCUGCUAGGAGGCAAAAUAAAUCCCUCACUGCUGGAGUUGAAGCAUCUCAGUUCCCUGGACUUGAGCAAUAAUAAUUUUAGCAGCAUACAUAUCCCGAAAUUUUUCGGUUUGCUAGAGGGUUUAACAUAUCUUAACCUCUCUGAUGCAAAAUUUCAGGGAGCAAUUCCUCAUAACCUUGGGAAUCUUUCAAAGUUGCAGUAUCUUGAUCUUGGAGGUAAUGAUCUCAAAUCAAAAAGUCUUCAAUGGGUUUCUGGACUUGCUCCCUUGCAGUACCUUGAUUUGAGUUCUGCGGAUCUUUAUAAAGCAAAUGAUAGGGUACAUGUAACAUUCAAACUUCCUUCUUUGUUAGAGUUGUACUUGUCAGAUUGUGGUUUAGAAGAUGUUCCAUCUUCGAUCGGUGUUAAUUCUUCAAAAUCACUUGGUUGUUCUUGAUCUUUCGGGAACGACUUAUCUUGAUUACCUAAGUGGGUAUUUAGUCUUCAUGGUCUUGUGUCAAUUGAUCUUAGUGAUAGUUCUUUGGAAGGCCCAAUUCAGUUACUUUGGGAACAUCUCGAUUCUUGAAGUUCUUGAUCUUACUGGGAACUCACUCAAUUCAUCCAUACCCAACUUCUUGUACAGUUUAAACCGUCUUCAGUUCUUUAGUCUUAGUGAUAACUGUUGUUCCAAUAGGGUCGGAAGCAUGUAAAUUAUUGUACUAAAAAAUCACACAAAGUUCAAUUCCCAGGGAA